CGUCACUCUCGCCUCUUCAUUCUUCCCUCAAUCCUCCUCCAUCCAUCACCUUUCUUUCCUUCUCUCCCCCUUUUCACUAGACUUUCCUCAUCCUUUCUUUCCCAUUCUCAUUCUUUCAUUCCUCUCAAUUCUUCUUUGACCUUUGCUUCUCAACGAACUUUGCUCAAACGUUUUGACCCCGUCCUAUCCAUCCUUUCGUAGCCGUCACCAUGGCUGAACCAGACGACGUUGAAGAAGAUCUUUUCGCGGACUUGUACGACGCCGAUGAGUCGACAAACCGGCCGCCACCGGCUGCCCCGGCCCCGGAGGUCAUCGAUACUUCGCACUCAGCGCCUGCAGCCCAACCAACUGGUAUCCCUGUAGCACAGACGAUCGAGGGUGGUCAUGACGAGUUUGAUCAAACUCAAAAUGCCUAUCAACCGUUUCACAGUGAAGGACAUAACCAGAACGGCUUCGCCAACGUGGAUUCCGGGCACGCCGGGAAUGGAUCGCAUUUCCAUGGCGGGCCAGAGCCUCAAGGCACUGGUAUCAAAGAAGACGGAAAAAUGUUCAUCGGUGGUUUGAACUGGGAAACGACAGACCAAUCUUUGAAGGACUAUUUCUCUCAGUUCGGCGAAGUCCAGGAAUGCACAGUCAUGCGCGACAGCGCCACAGGUCGCUCCCGAGGCUUCGGGUUCUUGACCUUCAGAGAUCCGCGGACCGUCAACACGGUGAUGGUAAAGGAGCACUACCUGGACGGCAAAAUCAUUGACCCUAAACGCGCCAUCCCGCGUGAUGAGCAAGAGAAAACGAGCAAGAUCUUCGUCGGCGGCGUCAGCCAAGAAGCAAACGAGCAAGACUUCAAGCAAUUUUUCAUGAAAUUCGGCCGCGUGGUCGACGCAACCCUGAUGAUCGACAAGGACACCGGCCGGCCCCGCGGGUUCGGCUUCGUGACAUUCGACAGCGAAGCGGCCGUCGAAGCGGCCCUCUCGCGCCCGCUGGAGAUCCUCGGCAAGCCGAUCGAGGUGAAGAAGGCCCAGCCGCGGGGUAACCUACGCGAUGAAGAAGACCGCCGAAACCGCCGCGGCAGGGACGGAUUCCGCGAGGGAAGCCAGGCCGGCGAGGGAGCGCAGCAGCAGCAGGGCGCACAGGGUCAGGGCGGUAUGCCUGGCGGUUUGACCCCCCAGAUGAUGGCACAGUACUGGCAGCGCAUGCAGCAAUACUUCGCCAUGAUGCAGCAGCAGAUGGCGGCCGCCAACGCCGGGGGUCAAGGCAUGGGCGGCGCGGUCGGCAUGGGCGGCAUGAACCCCGCCAUGAUGCAACAGCUGCAAAUGAAGCAGAUGCAGCAGAUGCAGAUGGGCAAUCCCCAGCAACAGCAGUCGCCGCAGCAGGCGCAGCCGCAACCACAAGGCAGCAUGAGCCCGCCGUCGCAGAGCGCGACCCCGCAAAUGCAGAACAUGAUGAACCCAGCCAUGAUGCAGCAGAUGCAGCAGAUGCAACAGAUGCAGAACCAAGGCCAAGCCGUGGACCCCCGCAUGAACAGCCCCAUGGGAGGAGGCAGCGGCGAUCCCAACAGCCCCGGGAACUUCUCCGGGGCGCGAGGCGGAGGACCCGGCUACAACGCGCACGAGCAGAUCGCCUUCGAGCAGCAGAAGUACGAGCAGCAGCAGGCCCGCCGCGUCAUUGAGAAUCGGGCGUUCUCGCCUUAUCAGCAGGGCGGGCCGACGUCUUGGGAGGGCAUGUACGAUGAGGUUCCGCAGCCUAAUAUCCCUACGGGGCCGCAGGCUAUGAACCGUGCGGGUAGUAUUGGUCGUGGUCCCACCCCUCAACCCCAAAGCUCAGCCCCAGCAAACGCCCCCACAGGCCCCAAGAACGCCGGCAAGCCGGGAGCGAACUACCGCGGCGGUGGCCGUGGAGGCCACAGAGGUUUCCACCCUUACGCUAGAGGUUGAACAUACAUACAUACGUCCGAUUAUUAGGGUUAUUAUCUUGUUUGUCUACAGGGGAGAAACAAAAAUAUGCCAUGCCAGACAGAACUGGCAGGAACUAUUUUUUUUUUCUUUCCUUUCCUUCCCUUUCGUCUCUUCUAAAACCGUGUCAUCAAUUCCAUUCCAAUUCCAUUCUUGUUGUUGUCUUCUUUUUUAAUUUGAAAUUCGCUAUGCUAUGCUAUGCUAUGCUAUGCUACGCUAUGCUACGUCCAUGGUACGUCCCUGGUUUUCAACCUUCGUUUUUUGUGUUGCAUCAUCAUAUCGUAUCUUUCCUGUCUGUGUCCAGAUUAUAACAAAGUAUUCGAUAAUGGAACCUGCUUUCUAUUAUUAUCUCCUCUCAUCUAAUCUCUCCAUUAUCGUCAUUAUUGUUAUAAUGUUUUGGAUUCUGGAUGGGAUUUUAGCUGUAGUAUUGUCUUUU